GUCACUGUCAGUUCAAUAACUCAAUAAGUCAGAUUUGAGUUUCGGUGACUUGGUUAUUUAUUAAAGUUAUUGUACUUGGUAAACAAAACCACUUGACUAUUUAUCUCAAAAACAUAAGUUAUAAUAUCCUUGAUGUCAUCUGAUACUGCAGAAAAUGUACCACCGAGCUGCUGGGAAUAUUGUCCCCAAGAGUUACUAUGGUUGUUCUUCAAAUAUGUAAAGAGUGAUCUAAAAUCUUUGAUAACUUGUAUGACUGUGAACCAAAGAUGGAAAAAUCUUGUUAUCGAUUUUAUUGAGUGUCAGAAUUUAUGGCCAAAGAUCGUAACAGGGGCGUUGGUUAACAGAGGAUGCUCAUUCCAGAGAAAAACGAUUCUGGACUCAAAGAAAUUAGUGUUUAACUCAAUGCUUUGGGGUUUUGGGGGCCUUGGGAAAGUAGCACUUCGACACAUUUACGAAGUAGAAGAUGUUACACAUAUGUAUAUUUAUAAAGACAAGCUGAUUUUAAAGACUGAUGCAGAAGUAACAUAUUUCGAUGUUAAAAGUACAAAAAAGAUCAAAUCACAUUUAAGCACAGGUGAGGCCGAUUACGUGGAGAACGACCACAUGGUGGUUAUAACUCUAGAGAACGACAAUUUGUUAGGCGAUAUAUAUCUGUAUGGAAAACCUGAGCCAGAUAGCACGAUAUAUGAUACCACCAAGGAAAAUGACUUGUAUGUUAUGAGGAAUAUUCAAGUGUAUAGUUUAGAAGAUGACAUUUGCUAUAUGGUAACCGACCGUAAUGUAGUGUGGGCCCUAAUAUGGGAUAGAAAACAGUGGAGUCUUAAGAUGAGAGGUCGCUAUUACGGAGAUGCGGGCAAGAAAAUAUGUGCUUUAAAUAUACAUGACAAUAGGGUUACAAUGGCAACAGAGCUUGGAUCUAUGUGGCGUGAAGAUGCAGAUUUCACAAAGUUUAGCAAAAUAUCUGAUAUUAGUAGUUUGGUACACCUUCCUUCAAUGAACUCCGGUUGGGCAUUGUUCAAUGCGGCUGAUGUUGCGAUGCCAGUGCCCAAAAGGUCUCCGAGAAUAAAGCUUUUUCACAAUACUAAACUUAACCAAAUGCGUUUGGAAUGUUCGGAGAUGACGUGCGCCACACCGCAUGGCGAGAUCCUAUUCCUUGGUUUUGAAGAUGGGACGGUAGUCGUAUGUAGACCCCGUGCACUGCCAACUUCUCCCCAACCCGACAUAAUAAUUCACGUACAGGACCUAGACAGGACUAUCGAGGACCCCACCGUUGUCGCCAUAGAAGUGUUCGAAGCAGAAAUGUGCCAUCAUCUGUUCGUAGCUACUACAGAAAAAGUCCUUCAACUGGUAAUAACAUAUCCUGAUCAAAUUAUUAAAGAGUAUUUUGAGUAGUUUCAGCUAAACAUUUUAGUCAUUUUCAAUUUUACUAUUAGUACUGUAAAACUUAGUAAUUUUCUCUCUCAUUUAGUUAUAGAAAUGAAUAAUAAUAAUUAUACUAGUACGGCAGUAGAAAACCAAAGAACCAUAUUAAAACUCGUGUUUAAAAUGCAACGAACCUAAUUUUACAGUUUGCACAAUGUUUAGAUGUUCUUUGUAGUUCUAGCAGGUACAUUGUAUUUAAAAUAUGUUGUAAUCGUAUGUAAUAAACACAUAGUAGUGAUUUUGAAAAGUUGAGUAGAAAAAUAAUCGAAAACAAUUAUUGUAAUUUGUAAUAAUUUUAUUAUCCAACAAACAAUUUACAUUCCGAACAAACUAUCUUUGGUAUAAUUUAUGUAAGGACGAUAUUAUAUAUAAUUUAAUUAAGUACUUAAAUGAUUUCAAAAAUCAUAACACUAGUUCACAGAUUUGUUGAUUUUAUAUACAUUACAUAAUUAUUGCGGCAUUUCGUUUUCUUAAUUAAAAUAUUUUCAAAUGAAUAAUUUUGACUAGUUUAAACAUAAGCCAACAACAAUUCAACUUUAAUUUUAAUAAUAAUUUAAUAAUUAAUAAAUUUUGAUUCUCAUAUUGAUUAAAUUAGUGUUUCAAGUUAUGAAUUAAUUGUCUAAGUAGUAUGUCAUAAAAUAACUAUGCAUGUUUAUGCAUUUUGAUUGUACUAUUAAAAUAAACAUGAAUACGUGAACAUAUAAAA